AUGCCUGCCACCAAUGCUGGAUGGCCGGAGGAGUUUGGCUUUAAGAUCCAUGGAAAUGGUCCCUGCUACAUCAUGGCUGUGGAGGAAGGCAGCAGUGCCCAGGUGGCUGGCCUCCAACCCGGAGAUCAGAUUUUGGAGGUCGAGGGGCAGCCUGUUUCCUCCAUGAAUGCUGAAGCCCUGGCGAUCCUGGCCAGGCAGUGUGAGAACGUGCCCCCAAGCAUUGGCGUGGUCUCCCGCCUCCAGCAGGUGGACCUCCCCCCGGGGCCGCAGGGACACUUUGGCUUCACCUUGACCUGCCACAAAGGCGACCCCGUGCAGGUGGAAAGCGUGGCUCAGGACUCGCCGGCUGCCAAAGCAGGCAUCAAAGUGGGCGACUACAUCCUGGAAGUUGAUGGCAUUUAUGUCCAGCGAUACGAAGACGCAGCUGCCGCGAUGAGAUCCUGCCAGGAUAAAGGUCUCAGGCUGGGACUGCUGAGGCUGGGGCGGCUGCGGCGGUGGGCUAGCAGCAGCGUGGAAGAAUUUAUCCGGAGCGCAGACGCCGUGCAUCAGGAAAGGAGGCAGAAAGCUCGGGAGUUCAGCAAGAAGGUGCAGGAGAUCCUGGGUGACCAACCCGAAGUGAGAGAGAAGAUGUUCACCUCCCUCAAGCAGUUUGCUGCUGAGCGGAAGGUGGACUACUUGGCUCAUGCCCUCUCCUUCAUCCUGAUUGAGGAUUCCCACCGGCUGCUCCUGGACCACAUCAGGAUCUUCAUCCCCAGGAAACACCGGCAGCGCUUUGACGAGGUGGUGUCCCAGAGUCUCAUCAGCAAGCUGUGCCGAGCCAAGAGGGAACAGCCGGCCAACCGCCUGAGACGGAGCCGCAGUGAAGACCACCAUGAGCGCCUGCUGGUCUCCACCCGGGCCAGCUCGGUGCCCCGGAGCCAGGAGGAGAAUUGCCUGAGCUUGAGGAAAUCCACCACCCUAAUUGGCAGCAAUGUGGGGGCAGGGGCAGCUUGCAGAACCGUCCGCGUCUACAAGGGCAGUAGAAGUUUCGGGUUCACGUUACGUGGCCAUGCCCCUGUGUGGAUCGAGUCCAUCUUGCCUGGGAGUCCAGCUGAGAAAGCUUCCCUGAAGGCCGGAGACAGAAUCUUGUUCCUGAAUGGCUUGGAUAUGAGGAACUGUUCCCAUGAGAAGGUGGUGUCCAUGCUCCAAGGCAGUGGGGCAAUGCCCACCCUUGUGGUUGAAGAAGGCAUCGUUAGCUUUUCCAAUGGCGAAUCCUCUGAAGCACCCAGCUCCUCCUCAGCCCUCACCUCUUUGCAGUGGGUCGCUGAGAUCCUGCCCUCCAGCAUAAAGGUCCAGGGAAGGACCUUCCACCAGCAGCUGGAACAUCUGCUCACACCAGCAGAACGCUACACAGUCUGCAAAGCACUGGAGAGCUUCUUCCAGCACAGGAACAUUGAUACUUUGAUUGUGGAUGUCUACCCUGUCCUGGACACCCCCUCAAGGCAGGUGAUCUGGCAGUUCAUCUACCAGCUGCUAACCUACGAAGAGCAGGCCCACUGCCAGCAGAAGAUCGCCAGGUUCCUUGGCUACAAGUCCUUGGCAAGUGGGCCAUCCGAUGCUGCUGUAGCUGAACCCGAAGUAGACGAGCAGCCACGGAGUUCCCUACGGACUGGCCCAGGGAGUCGGAAGUAUCUGCGUAGCCAUAGCCCCAAGGACAUUGAAGCCCGGGGUUCUGCUGAAGCCGCUGAGAUGCCCAGCCGUUUAGCUCCCGGAGAACGCCAAGCAGGUGAUGGGACGUCUCUUCCAGAGACCCCCAACCCCCAAAUGAUGUCGGCAGUCUAUGCCGAGCUGGAAACCCGCCUGACUGCUGGUUUUGGAGGGAAGUUGGGCCGCCUGCCUGUGUGCCGGACAUCAUCCCUGGCUUCAGAGCCUGCAGGUACCCGAAAAUCAGGAUUGACUAUUUCCUGGCAGAAUGAUCCCGCCCUGCAGCCUUGCUAUUACCGCUCGCCUGGUGGCCUCCCUUCCCCCUGCAGCACAGACUCGAACCCCUACGUUAGCCUGGACAGCAGCCCGGCCUUGUCGCCGAAGCUGAGCCCCCUGUCUCGCCGGAGGAAGCUCUUCACCUUCUCACGGCCGCCACGCAGCCGGGAUACGGACCGCUUCCUGGAUGCUCUGAGCGAGCAGCUGGGCCAUCGCAUCACCCUGGUGGAUGACUUCCUGGUGCCUGAGAACGAUUACGAGGAGAUGAGUUUCCACGAUGACCAGGGCAGCUACAUGGCCAAUGACCGCAGCAGUGCCAGCGACGGCUUGAGCAGCAGCGAAGGGAGCUCCCUGACCUACUCCAUCUUGUCAGACCAUCUCCCCCCACCUCCAAUCAGCCCACCCCCAAGACCUCCGCAGUUCCGUGACCCCCAGGAAGAGCCCAGGGCCAUGGAGGCAUCCCAGAGCGGUCCCUCCGGCCCCCAUCCCACAGCUCAGCUCACCCUACCGCCUCCCCCUCCUCCCCCUCCCCUCCCUCCCCCAAUGCCCUGUGUGCCCCCUCCAAUGCUACAAGGAAGUGUUCACCGCAGGAGUGAGUCCAGCUCCAACCACAUGAGUGUUAAGCGGCUGCGCUGGGAGCAGGUGGAGAACUCGGAAGGCACCAUCUGGGGUCAGCUCGGGGAGGAUUCGGACUAUGACAAGCUAAGCGACAUGGUCAAGUACCUGGACCUCGAGCUGCAUUUUGGAACCCAGAAACCAGCGAAGCCGAGCCCCUUGCCGGAGCCACUUAAAAAAAAGCACCUGGUUGAGAUUCUGUCCCACAAAAAGGCCUACAACACAGCCAUCUUGAUUGCGCACCUCAAGCUCUCGCACAUCGAGCUGCGCCGGAUCCUCCUGAGCAUGGAGAGCGACCGCCUGGAGGCCUCCCACAUCAAGCAGCUGCUGCUCUUCGCGCCUGACGCCAAGGAGGUGCAGCAUUUCCACAGCUACCAGGGAGACCCCAGCAAGCUGAGCGAGCCGGACCAGUUUGUCCUGCAGAUGCUUUUGGUGCCUGAAUAUAAAACCCGCCUGUGCAGCCUUCACUUCAAGGCAACCCUGCAGGAGAAGGUGGAGGAGAUUACGGCCAGCUAUGAGUGCAUCUACAGUGCUUCCCUGGAACUGAAGAAUAGCAAGAAACUGGCCAAAAUCUUGGAGUUUGUGCUGGCCAUGGGCAACUACCUAAACCAUGGGCAACCCCAAGCCAACAAAACAACCAGCUUUAAAAUCAACUUCCUCACAGAGCUGAACACAACGAAAACCGUCGAUGGGAAAUCCACGUUUCUGCAUAUUCUUGCCAAAUCGCUUAGCCAACAUUUCCCAGAGCUCCUGGGCUUUGCCAGGGAUUUGCCCACAGUGCCACAUGCUGCCAAAGUGAAUCAGAGAACAUUAACAUCUGACCUCAGCGACCUUCAUCGCACUGUCCACGAGAUUGAAAUCGCCUGCCAGAAUAUGGUGCCUUCAUCACCUGAGGACAGAUUUGUGCCUGUGAUGGAUGCCUUCCUGGAGAGUGCCGAUCCCGCCAUCCAGUCCCUGGAUGUUCUCCAGCAUAAAGCCAUGGAAGAAUUCAGAAAAGUUUUAUCCUUCUUUGGGGAAGACUCCAAAGUCACCACCUCUGAGGAUUUUUUUGGCAUUUUUGCCGAGUUCAUGAGCAAAUUUGAGCGGGCCUUCAACGAUGUGCAGGCCAACGAGCCCUUGUGCAGCCCGAAGAUGAUCCCCCCUCUUGCCUGGUGACCGGAGGGUUGAAGAAAGACUGCAGCAUGGUGCUUUCUUGCCCACAGUUUGGCUGCUUCGAGACCAGUCUGGUGGUCAAUGCAAAGCAAGUUUCUUCUCAGCGUGGAAGCAGCGUGGCUGGAGACCAGCAGGGGACGUGUCUCUGCCCAUUCCGAUGGAAACUGCCUUCAAAAUGAAAAAAAGAGGGGGGCUAGCUGCAGAUUUCCACACACUUCUCCGCACCAGAGACAUAUUUUCCCCCCCACAGAGAUAUUCUGUGGUUGCUAAACUUGAGUGCUAGAAUCCAAGGUGUAAGGAGGCAUGGACCAAGCUGCCCCGGCUUCCCUCUUACUUUUCAUGGCCUUUCUAGGAACUCCUUUAAUUCAGGGAGCUGUCACCAAGCCUGCAGAUGGUCUUUGGGAACGGUCAACUUGUUCUGGGGCUGCCUAGCGCCCCAAAGGAAAAAUGGCAUGACAAGAUCCCUUCGCUCCAAAAGGCACCGAUUUGCUCCCUUCUCCUGCCUCCUGGUCUUCAGGCGCCCAUGCCGGUGGUUGCAAACGUAGCCAGUGAGUCUUUCAUUCCAGUCAGUUCUCUUGGGAAAAUAGAUCCCUAAAGCAGGGGUGAAAUGCUCCUGGUUUGGACCGGAUCACCCAAUCCGGUAGCGAUGGCAGCGGGUAGUUCGGAGAACUGGUAGCAAAAAUCCCUGCCCCCCCUUCCCCCCUCCCCGCAUGCCCAGCUGAGCUGCAUGAUCAUCAGAGGGUUUUUUUUCACUUUUAAAAGCAUUUUUUCUUUGGCCGAAAGGCUCUGAUGAUCGCGCGGCUCAGCUGGGAUUGUGAGAACCCUUUCAAAGCAUUUUUCUACAAGCUCUUCAGUCGAAGAGGCUGUAAAAAAAUGCUUUGAAAGGGUUCCGGCGAUCAGGCAACUCUGAGGACCCAGAUUGUUGGGUGGGCAAUAAGUUGACUUUGUAAAUAUACAAAUAGAAUGAGACUAUUGCCUUAUACACUGUAAGCCGCCCUGAGUCUUCGGAGAAGGGCGGGAUAUAAAUGUAAAUUUAAAAAAAAAAAAACCUCACUCAGUCAGAAUCCUUUCAAAGCAUUUUUUCUACAAGCUCUUCGGCUUUUUACUUUUUACUUUUAAAAGUAAAAAAAAAAAAAGUUGUCCACGCCCACCCAGUCACAUUAGUCCCCCACCAAGCCACGCCCAUUGAACCGGUAGUAAAAAAAUUUACAUUCACGCCUGCCCUAAUUUUUUUACUACCAGUUAUGUGGGUGUGACUUGGUGGGCGUGGCAUGGCUUGGUGGGCGUGGCUUGAUGGGCGUGACAGGGGAAGGAUACUGCAAACUCCUCAUUCCCUCCCCACUCCAGGGGAAGGUUACUGCAAAAUCCACAUUUCCUCCCGAUCAGCUGGGAUUCGGGAGGCAGAGAAUAGAUGGGGGUGAGGCCAGCCAGAAUUUUUAUUACCUGUUCUCCGAACUGAUCAAAAUUUCCACUACCGGUUCUCCAGAACCUGCUGAAACCCACCUCUGAAGUGCCCUCACCCUACCCAGCAUCUGGUGCAUGUUCUAUACCAGGUUCUGCUCUGCUGUCUCUUGGUCAAAUGUCUGAGGGCAGAAUAGCUUAUAUUUAUGUUUUGGUUACUUGAUUUGUUGGGUUGUCGACUCAGAAUUCCUUGGGUUCAAGGCAGCUCAUGUGAGGAACGCCACUCCUUUGAAGCCCGAGCAGGGACCCUGUUGUGGCCGCAGGGUGCCUAGGCAGAAGCAGGCAUCACUAGAGACCUUCAUUGGUCCGAUUAAAGGCCACAUCAGACGGCCCUACAAUGGCCUGGUAAGGCCCCACCCCACACUCCCCUAAUGGCACCCUCAGCCACCCUCAGCCCCCAAAAGCCAGUAAACAACAAACGAAGUCCCAAGAGAGGGUGGGAGCUCACAGGGCAAGGUCCGGACUCCAGGCGCAAAGGCCAAAGACAAGUCCACAAGGCAAGAGCAUGACUCAAAGCCAGGGGGUGGGGGAGCGUCAUCGAAAACAAUGGUUCCUGGCAAAGACUAACUCCCCAUGGCUUCUCCUUAAGUCAGGGGUCCCCAACCUUAAGUCACUUCACUCCAGGUGUUCCUUGUGAGGAGGGAGGGACAACCUUCUCCCGAGUAGCCUGGCAGCUCUUCUCUGGGCUUGCCUACGCUCCCCUCUCCGGGCUCUUGGAUCAAAUGAUGGAGGCAGCUGCUCCUCAUCAGAGGGUAUCUGCUGCCUCUCAGCACCACUGCCUGUCUGCAGCCCAUCCUCCCCUGUGUCUGAAGGCAGGCAGCUCUCUGUCUGGUCGACCACCUCCCCCAAUGCCUGAGGGGCCUGGGAUAGCAUCAUCCUCAGGUCCUGGCCUCUCCGAGUGUGCCAAGGAGAUGUGCCAUCCCUGUCGGACGGUCCCAACUCCUCCUCCUCCUCCUUCUCCUCAGUCC